UCCUGUAGUGAUUGGCUUAUUUCGCUCAGCAUGAUGCCUUCCAGGUUCAUCCAUGUUGUGAGAUGCUUCGCAGAUUCAUCAUUGUUCUUUAUUGCUGCAUAGUAUUCAAUUGUGUGUAUGUACCACAGUUUCUUUAUCUAUUCGUCUGUUUUGGGGCACCUAGGUUGUUUCCAUCUUUUAGCUAUUGUGAACAGUGCUGCAGUGAACAUGGGUGUGCAUAUGUCUAUUCGUGUGAUGGCUCUUAUUUCUCUAGGAUAUAUUUCUAGGCAUGGGACAGUGGGAUGGUAUAUUUCUAUUUCUAGCUUUUUAAGGAAGUGCCAUAUCAUUUUCCAAAAUGGUUGUACCAUUUUGGAUUCUCACCAGCAGUGCAUAAGAGUUCCAACCUCCUCGCAACCUCUCCAACAUUUGUGUCAUGGGCUGAAUUAUGUCCCCCCCAAAAUGUGUGUAUCAGUUUGGCUGGGCCAUGAUUUCCCAUAUUGUGUGGUUGUCCUCUAUUUUGUGAUUGUAAUUUUAUGUUAAAGAGGAUUAGGGUGGGAUUGUAACACCCUUACUAAGGUCACAUCACUGAUCCAAUGUAAAGGGAGUUUCCCUGGGGUGUGGCCUGUACCACCUUUUAUCUUACAAGAGAUAAAAGGAAAGGGAAGCAAGCAGAGAGUUGGGGACCACAUACCACCAAGAAAGAAGCACCAGGAGCAGAGCACAUCCUUUAGACCAGGGGUUCCUGAGCAGAGAAGCUCCUAGUCCAGGGGAAGGUUGAUGAGAAAAACCUUCCUCCAAAGUCAACAGAGAGAGAAAGCCUUCCCUUGGAGCUGGCGCCCUGAAUUUGGACUUGUAACCUACUAGACUGUGAGAGAAUAAAUUUUUCUUUGUUAAAGCCACCCACUUGUGGUAUUUCUAUUAUUGCAACACUGGAUGACUAAGACAGAAUUUGUUACUAGAAGCAGGGCUCUGCUCUAAAAGAUACCUAAAAUGUGGAAGCGCUUUUGAAACCAUGAAUGAAUGGAAGACUCAGAAGGAAGCGAAGAGAAUUGUUAACACUGAGGAAGGCACAGAUGGUAAGAAACAGCAGCAGAGGACCGGCAGCAGCAGAACCAGGAGACCAGCACCAGACAGAGCUGAAGCUGACCCAUGGAGCAAGAGAGCUGAGUGCCUGUGUGCAGGAGGCUUCCUGGCAGAGUGGGGUGCCUCCAAGCACUUACCAGUGGAGCUAGGCUUGCCCACCCAUGAGCUGAGUGCCUUCUGGGCAAAGUUUACUGGCAGAGUGGAGUGCUCCAGGCACUUAUCAGUAGAGCUACGGAGCUUUGGAACACUUGCCCCAGCGGGGCUGAUGUGGUCAUGAGACCUGAAGAGCUGAGAGGCCAAGAAACCAGGAAGCAAAAGCUGAAGAGACAAGGAACACAAGAAGCUGAGCUGCCUUAGUCUCAAAAGGAAUGGCCAGGACCUCUGGGGUUUCAAAGGGUGGAACCAUGGUCUCCGGUGUUUCUAACAGUGGAGUUACCACUCAGAUGGACUAGGAGAAUUGUGCGCCUAAAGCUGAGGGAGCAGAGUUGAUGUCCCAGUGGGCCUGGAAGGCAGAGUUGAAGCCCAGGGCUGAGGGGCCUCCACUCAGAAUCUGGAGAGUGUGGCCAAUACCUAGGGUCUGAAGGGCAGGGCUGUUGUGUAAAUGGUCUCAGAGAACAGAAGAUUAUGUUCAAAGCCUUGAGGGCUCAUGUAAUGUGUUCUGCUGACUUGUUUGGUGCCUGUUAUGAAUUCUUUCCCUCCAAUUUCUCCCAUUUGUAAUGGAAAUGUCUAGCUUGUGCCUGUUCCGUGGUAUUCUGGAAGCAGAUAACUUGUAUUCUAGAUUUCACAGAUGAAGAAUUUUUGGAUUUGGGGCUUGGAGUUAAGACUUUUGCUAUGAUAUGACGGAACGAAUAUGUUUUGCAUGUUGCGAGGAUGUGAGUUUUUGGGGGCUAAAGGGUGGAAUGUCAUGGACUGAAUUAUGUCUGCCCAAAAAUGUGUGUAUCAAUUUGGUUGGGCCAUGAUUCACCGUAUCGUGUGGUUGUCCUCUGUUUUGUGAUUGUAAUUUUUUGUUAAAGAGGAUUAGGGUGGGAUUGUAACACCCUUACAAAGGUCACAUCACUGAUCCAAUAGAAAGGGAGUUCCCCUGGGAUGUGGACCGCACCACCUUUUAUCUUACAAGAGAUAAAAGGAAAGGGAAGCAAGCAGAAAGUUGGGGACCUCAUACCACCAAGAAAGAAGCACCAAAAGCAGAGCGUGUCCUUUAGACUGGGAUUCCUGAGCAGAGAAGCUCCUAGUCCAGGGGAAGAUUGAUGAGAAAGACCUUCCUCCCGAGCUUACAGAGAGAGAAAAAGCCUUCCCCUGGAGUUGAUACCCUGAUUUCGGACUUGUAAUCUACUAGACUGUGAGAGAAUAAAUUUCUCUUUGUUGAAGCCAUCCACUUGGUGGCAUUUCUGUUACAGCAACACUAGAAGACUAAGACAAUUUGUUAGUUUCUGUUUUUUUUUUUUCAUUCAUGCCAGUGAUAUCAAGCAAAGUCAAAAUGAAAGGACCAUUCCUUCAAAAGUGAGCAUCGCACAUGUGAAAGGAUUUUUUUUUUCUUACAGUAACUCUGAGGCUUGAGGCUGACAAGAUGGAUUCAGAGCACCUCCAGCCUCAACUGCUGUGGACCAUUUUAAUUGGGCUUUCUCUGCCAUAUUUGGCAGAGACAUAUGGGUUCAGUAAAUGUAUGCAGUAUGAAUUUGACAUUCACCAUGUGUUCUGCAUUCAGAAGAAGAUCACGAAUUUGAUAAAUGCCAUUAGUGACAUCCCUGGAUACACCACUCACCUCAACCUGACACAGAACCAAAUUCAUAUCCUUCCUCCCUAUACCUUCACUAAUUUGUCUGCCCUGGUGGACUUGCGACUGCAGUGGAAUUUCAUUCAGGAGAUUGGCAUGGGGGCCUUUUGGGGACUUAAAAACCUGACCUUUUUGAGUUUAGUAGAAAAUAAGAUUAAAAGUGUGAACAACUCAUUUGAGGGCCUAUCCAACUUGAAGACCUUGCUCCUGAGCCAAAAUAAAAUUACCCAUAUCCACAAAAAUGCCUUUGCCCCCCUUGUCAAAUUGAAACAUGUAAGCUUAUCCCAAAAUAAUAUAAAGAAUUUUUACAAUAUUCUUGAAGCAGUCCAGCAUCUUCCAUGCCUGGAAUACCAUGAUCUUUUUAGCAACAGCAUCAUCUCCUUGGACCACCACCCCAGGUCAUUGGUAUCACUGACCCAUCUGAGCCUGCAGAGGAACCAGCUAACAGAGUUAAAUUUCUCUGCUUUGUUACUGCCUAAUCUGACCACUCUGGAUGUCUCUCAGAAUGGCCAUCAAGUCAUCCAGAAUGUGUCUCUAGAAACUCUGCCCCUACUUAAGGGCUUGAAUCUGAGUGGAACCCUGGUGAACUUAGAAGCACUCCCAGCCAAACACCUGCAGAAUCUAAGGGAAAUGGACCUCAGUAACCAGGAGUUUAGAAGCAGACACUUAAACUUGAACACAGUAUGUCACCUCCUCAGAAACUUACCCAUAUUAGAGACUUUGGUUUUUCAGAAAAAUGGUGCUGAUGCAGAGGGCAUAAAGUACCUUUCCAACUGUACAAGGCUUUUGUCCCUUGACCUGGGCAAAAACAAUGAUCUGGUUUACCUCAAUGACAGUGAGUUUGAUGCUAUGCCCAGCCUUCAAAGGAUGAAUCUAAAUAAGUGUCAGCUUUCCUUUGUCAGCAACAGAACUUGGAGUGCCCUCCAGAACUUGGAAGCCCUAGACCUGAGCUACAACAAGUUUAAAAGCUUUCCAGAUUUUGCAUUUUCACCCCUGUGGUGCCUGCAAUUUCUCUUUCUCUCUAGAAACCCCAUCACAGAACUUGAUAAUAUGGCCUUCUAUGGGUUGUAUUCAUUGAAGGAGCUUAACUUAGGUGGGUGCUGGAUAGUAACAAUUGACAAGUACUCCCUUGCUCCAUUUCCAAAUUUAGAGAGUUUACACCUUAGAAACAACAAUAUUCGGUAUCUGAAGCAUAAAACCUUUCAAUUUUUGAAGAAGCUCAAAGUUUUGAUUCUCUCUUGCAAUCACCUGGAAGCUAUAGAGAAGAGUGCAUUUUCUGGCCUCACUAACCUAUAUAAACUUGAUCUGGCAUACAAUAUAUUGUCAGGAUUUUAUGCAGACAUUUUCUUGGGCCUUGAAAAUCUAGAAAUUUUGGAUCUCAGUUUUAAUAAAAUUACAUAUGAAACCAUUAGGACCUUGAAAAUUCCUCCAUUUAUAAACCUCAAGUCUCUAAAACAACUCAACCUAGAAGGACAAAUGCAUGGGAUUCAGGUUGUUCCAACCAGCUUCUUCCAAGGACUGAAUAGUUUACAGGAGCUACUACUAGGAAAAAAUCCCAUGGCAUUCCUGGACCAGCUCCAGUUUGACUCCCUGACUAAUCUCACGAAGUUGGAUAUCUUAGGAACAAGAGCUGAAGACCGAAAUCUCUAUUUAGAUACUUCUUUAUCCCAUAAACUCAAAAAAUUAAAAGUGCUGCACCUGGAAAAUAACAACAUAGAAUCAUUGACCCCUGGUAUGUUCUCUGGUUUAGAAGGCCUUCAAGUCUUCUCUUUAAGAUUCAACAACCUAAAAGUCAUUAAUCAAAGUCAUCUGGAAAAUCUGAAGUCUCUGAUGUACUUUGAUAUCUACAGGAACAAACUGCAGUGCAACUGUGACAAUGUGUGGUUCAAGAACUGGUCAAUAAAUACAGAAAAUGUCCACAUCCCCUACCUCUGGAGCUACACCUGUCAGCAGUCAAAUACCCAGAGUUUCUUGAUAGAUUUUGAUGAUAAUGUGUGUAAUUUUGAUCUGGGGAAGGUCUGCUUCUUCUUUGCCUUCAGUCUGGUCCUCAUAACCAUGAUCUUCUCUUGGUUCGAUGUCAAGAUAACUUCAUCAUUAUGGUAUGGGCUCUACAUAUUUAAAACUUGGUGCUUAGCCAAAUGGUAUAAGAGAGAGAAGGACUUCACCUAUGAUGCUUUUGUCUCUUUCACUGCCACUGAUGAGCAGUGGGUAUAUGAAGAGCUUGUUCUAGCCCUAGAAGAAGGUGGCCAGCCCACAUCUAAGCUCUGUCUGCACCACCGGGACUUUGAACCAGGUGUGGACAUCUUUGAGAACAUCCAGAAUGCCAUCAACACCAGCCGGAAAGCUUUGUGUGUGGUCAGUAGCCACUAUCUGCACAGUGAAUGGUGCCGGCUUGAAGUACAGCUGGCCAGCAUCAAGAUGUUCUAUGAGCAUGAGGAUGUUAUCAUCUUGAUAUUCCUGGAAGAGAUUCCAAACUAUAAGCUAUCUAGCUACCACCGAUUCCAGAAACUUGUGAAUAGGAAAACAUUUAUCACCUGGCCAGACAGUGCCCACGAAAGGCCACUCUUCCGGGCCCGUGUUAGAAAUGCAUUGGACAACAAAACUGUGGAGAAUGACAAUGCACAGCUAAUUGUGGCUGAAUGACUGGAAGCCUUCAUGGCCUCAAAUCCAAACAUAUAAGGUCUGUAGGAGCUACGAGUGUGACUGAAUGUGCCUGUUCUGUAGGGAAAAGUGCAUGGGUUGCUCACAAUCAUAAGACCUAGGAUCAUUUGGGUAAUGUCCAUCAAGCAACUGGUAAAGUGGAGGGGGCUGCUUGAAGAAGCUUUAAGAACAGAGUCUGCACUAUUAAAGGAUUACAUAUCUGGAAUGCAUACCUGUUUUACUAAGGGGAGGGCUUGGGGGACCAGUCACCUGAAAGUCUGAGGACCAGGAGGGACCUCAUAUGUGGUUAAGAACAUUGCUCAGCUAGUUUGAUCCAAACCAAUUUCUGUCAAUAUAAAUUGAACUAUACCCCUUAUAAGAACCUGUAACAACAGAAAUACCUUGUACAGGGCUCAAUAAAAGCAAAAAAGUUAGAAUUCUGUUGUAUUUUUCUUUACAGCAUAAGAUUCCAGAGUUCAGCUUUUUCAUCUGUUUAAGUCAGAGCACAAGAGCUAGGAGAGAUCUAGUUGGGAUCCAACAAUUUACUUAACGGGUAGCAGCCUUGAUGAGCUAGCAGAGAAAUGAUGGGUGUAGAAACUUCACCCAGCUAGGACGAAACAUAUUUCAUAGAGCAGUUUUUAGCAGCCAUCUUAAAACAGGGGUGUAGACUCCAGUGGUUGCAUGCUUCAGGCACAAACACAAACCAGUGUCAUGGAGGAAACAAUGCCUAGUGAGAACAAUACCCAGCAUAGGGGCAAUGUCUCUGGCAUUAGGCCAAAGUGCUACAAAUUCCUGUAGGAAGGAAUUUCUUACAAAAAAAAGUGCUACAAAUUUCUGUAGGAAGAGGGACCAUAGGGCCCAAGAGAAGGUGAACUUAUAGUGUGAGUAGUCCUUUUCUGAUUAUCUUUCCAGGAGAGCUUUGCCUUUUGUCCCCUGGCUUCCUUCUUCAGUUUUUCCCUUAUUCCUAAAACUCUGGGAGGAAUUUGUUGAGGAAAGACUAUUUAGGGAAGAAUUUUUAGUAGCUGCAUGUUUUAGUCAUCUAGUGCUGCUAUAACAGAAAUAUCUCAAGUGGAUGGCUUUAACAAACAGAAGUUUAUUCUCUCACAGUCUAGUUAGGCUAGAAGUCCAAAUUCGGGGCAUCGACUCCAGGGGAAGGCUUUCUCUCUCUCUGUUGGCUCUGGAGGAAGGUACUUGUCUUCAAACUUCCCCUGGUCAAGGAGUUUCUCAGCACAGGGACCCUGGGUCCAAAGGACACGCUCUGCUCCUGGCUUUCUUGGUAGUAUGAGGUCUCCCACUCUCUGCUCGCUUCCUUUUCCUUUUAUCUCUUGUAAGAUAAAAUGUGGUGCAGGCCACACCCCAGGGAAACUCCCUUUACAUUGGAGCAGGGAUGUGACCUUAGUAAGGUGUUGCAAUCCCACCCUAAUCCUCUUUAACAUAAUCUAAUCUUGCCUCCCGCCAUGUGUCUGUCAG